UAAUUCGCCCCUGCUGCCAGAAUGUCGGCGUUUCUUGAUUUGCUGAAGCAACGGGGCUGCUAAAAUUCUUCUUAUCAAUAACUAUCAAUUCUUCUUCUUAUUAAAAGGACAAGAAACCCUCUAUUCCUCUCCCAGCCCCGGAGAUAGAGCAGUAAACUUUCCUUCGGCUUGGUAAUUCGCCUCCGUUUCCGCUACACGUUAGCCGUCUAAGCGGGGCCAUGGAACCGCCGUCCAGCCAGAGUGCCGACCCGCGCCAUUCGCGAGCAGACGUCGUAGAUGGCGCGAUCGACGCAGCGCAAGCGCGAGACGACCAGAUUGAAAUCGCGGAAACCCCGCCGCAUCCAGCGGCGGCGGAAUUAGCGGAGGAGGAGGAGGAGGAGGAUGGGAGCGAGUUCCUGGAGCGCGCGCGGAGCUACGAGGAGGCGGCGGACGAGCGCGCGUACGAGCCGGAGGAGCAGAUCGACGUGUCGCGCUACAGCCUGCCGCUGCAGACGGCGGACGACAAGCCUGACGGCUUCCGAUUCUCGUGGCGGCGGUUCUGUCUGUUUGUGGGCCCGGGGUUCCUCAUGAGCAUCGCCUACCUGGACCCCGGCAACCUCGAGAGCGACCUGCAGGCAGGAGCGCAGACGGGGUAUUCGCUGCUGUGGAUUCUCUUCUGGUCCACGGCGCUGGGCUUGCUGCUGCAGGCGAUAGCAGCGCGCGUGGGCGUGGUGACGGGGUGCCACCUGGCGGAGCUGUGCCGCAUGGAGUACUCCCCCGUGGUGCGCACCGUGCUCUGGCUCAUGGCGGAGGUGGCCAUAGUGGGCGCGGACAUCCAGGAGGUGAUCGGCUGUGCCAUCGCCAUCCGCAUCCUCACCCAAGGCGCUGUGCCGCUGUGGGCCGGCGUGCUGAUCACUGGCCUGGACAGCUUCCUCCUCCUGUUUCUCGAGAACUUAGGCAUUCGCAAGCUCGAGGCGCUCUUUGGCCUCUUCAUAUCCAUCAUGGCGGUCUCCUUCGCCCGCAUGUUCCUGGAAGCUGCGCCGGACACGGGGGCCAUUGCACAGGGUCUGCUCAUUCCAUCCAUCCCUCGCGGCGCCAUGGGGAUGGCAGUGAGCAUAGUGGGCGCCGUCAUCAUGCCGCACAACAUCUUCCUGCACUCCGCGCUCGCGCUUGUCUACUUCACCCUGGAGUCCGCCAUUGCUCUCCUCCUCUCCUUCCUCGUCAACCUCUGUGUCGUCUCCGUCUUUGCAAAGCUGUUCUAUGGGCGACCAGGGGCUGUAGACAUUGGGCUCGAUAACGCUGCUGAAUAUCUACAGGAAGCCUUUGGCUCCUCCACCUUUCCAGUGGUCUUCAUCUGGGCGGCGGGCUUACUGGCCGCCGGCCAGUCGUCCACCAUGACAGGAACCUAUGCGGGGCAGUUUGUGAUGUCGGGCUUCCUGGACCUGCACGUGUGCAAGUGGGAAGCCUUUGGCUCCUCCACCUUUCCAGUGGUCUUCAUCUGGGCGGCGGGCUUACUGGCCGCCGGCCAGUCGUCCACCAUGACAGGAACCUAUGCGGGGCAGUUUGUGAUGUCGGGCUUCCUGGACCUGCACGUGUGCAAGUGGGAAGCCUUUGGCUCCUCCACCUUUCCAGUGGUCUUCAUCUGGGCGGCGGGCUUACUGGCCGCCGGCCAGUCGUCCACCAUGACUGGAACCUAUGCGGGGCAGUUUGUGAUGUCGGGCUUCCUGGACCUGCACGUGCGCAAGUGGGUGCGCGUGCUCGUCACGCGCACCGUUGCCAUCGUGCCCACCAUCGUCGUGGCUCUGCUCUACAGCUCACCCCGCUGCCUCUCCGCCAGUGGCAGCACUGUUUGUGCCCCUAACAGGAGCAGCAGACACGAGUGCUGCUGCAGCAGCUGUUCCCACGUUUGUCAACGUUUCAACUCCCUUCCGGCCUGCAACAGCAACAGCAGCAGCUAGUCUUCUCUUCUCCUCUCCCUUGGCUGCCCUGCCUUCUCCUAUCACGGACCACUCCCUUGUGUCAUCCAUUUCACCCUCGAAUGCAUCACUGCAGUUCAUCACAUCGCUUGCUGCUUCCCUCCCCUUCUCCUCCACUCCCCACUCCUCCUCCUAUCCCCUCUCCUCCCCCCCCUCCACUCUCCCUGCCGCACUCACCCCUCAUGCCUCUCUCACCCCCCAUGCUCACCAUCUCCUCGCUGGAUUCCCUCAACGAGUGGCUCAACGUCCUCCAGUCCGUGCAGCUGCCCUUCGCCAUCAUCCCCCUUCUUGCUAUCGCCACGUCACCGCACGUCAUGGGGCGAUACGCAAUCAAGGGGGCGGUCAAGGUGCUAGCCUGGGCGUCAGCGGCUCUGGUCAUCGCCAUCAACCUCUAUCUCCUCCUCGACUUCUCCCGGACCAACCUCCGCACUCGCACACCGCUCACCACGCUCUGCUCCUGCUCCUCCUCGCCCUGCCGUACCUGCUCUUCCUCCUCCACCUCGCCCUCCGCCUCGCAGUGAAGGGGCCGAGUUCAGCCACCACCAUCGCCACUCCAGUGGGGCCCAUCCUGGUGCCCACUUGCACGGUAGCUACAGUAACGAGCACUCUAGUAACAGCCUGGCGCCUCAACCGGGACAUUCAGGGAGGCAAACCGGUCUUGGAGCGCCUUUGUUAGAAGGCUAGCAGAAUCGGUAACACACCACAACCUGACAUAAUAUCGUUUUGUGAGCUACCCAGCGUGAUCCCUGUAUUGCAAGCCAUAAUAGUUUUCUAGUGCCUUUGCUGAACCAGAUGCAGUGCAGACAACACCUUGGCUUCCGCGCUGCAAGCUUCGUGAAUAAAUUAGUUUUCAUGAC